AUGGAAUCACAAAGUUCAUCUGAAGAACAUGUGGUGGUUGACAUCAUAGAUAAGGACAAGUCUGUUGAGGAGAAUGCUGUGAAAGAUAGUACCGAAAUUAAUGAUCAAGAAAAAAAAUAUGCAGUCGUCAAAUCGAAGGAUACUGAUGUUGUAUUAAAAUUUAUGGAAGAGCAUGACAGUGAAGUGCCGGAAAUUACACCUGACCAAGAACGUACUCUGAGGAGAAAGGUGGCUUUAAUUAUUGUGGGGUUUACUUUCUUAAUUGAUUUGACUCUAUAUUCUGAUAAGGCUGUGCUUUCAUAUGAUUCUAUCCUUGGUCUUUUUCAAGAUACAGGGCUCACUCAAAACACGUACAAUGAUGCCAAUACUCUCUUUUAUGUCGGUUAUCUUAUUGGGCAGUUUAAUUUGAUAUUUGUUCAAAAAUUCUCGAUUGGUAGGGUGGUAGCAAUUAUGACGGGGGUAUGGACUAUUGUUAUUUUUUUGCAUUGUACAGCCUAUAACUAUCAAGGAAUAAUUGCGUUGAGGUUUUUCUUGGGUUUCGUUGAAUCAAUUGCAGUUCCCACUUUGAAUAUCACAAUGAAUCAAUUUCUGACACCGAGCGAAAAGAAUUCAUAUGGACCUAUAUGGUAUAUUUCUUCUAUGGGUGUUACUAUACCUGUUGGAUUUAUCGCCUAUGGGAUUCUGUACGCAAAGUCUAAUGUACCAACAUGGAAACUGUUUACAAUUAUAAUUGGUGGAUGUACCUUCCUAAUUACCAUUUUAGUUUUUCUAUGGUAUCCAAAUAAUCCAGCUGAUGCUAAGUUUUUAAGCACUAAUGAGAAAGUAUGGGUAAUCAGAAGAGUUCAGAAGUCUAGUAGGGCCUCUAUUGAACAAAAGGUUAUAAAAAAAUACCAAAUAGUGGAGGCAGUGAAAGAUCCAAUAACUUGGUUAUUUUUCCUUUUCUUUUUGACCCAACAGCUUGCCAACAAUUUAGCUUAUCAACAAAACUUGUUAUUUGAAGGUCUUGGUCAUAUUACAAAUUUGGAUUCAACGUUAGUUUCUGUUGCCUCUGGUGGAUUUGCUUCCGUUUGCUCUAUCGUUGCGACUGUUUUUCUGCUUUACACCAAAGAUUAUACCGCCUUCUCGGUUGUGUUUUGGAGUAUACCAUCGUUUGCGUCUUCAAUUGCCUUGACCACAAUUCCGUGGGAUAAAAGAAUCGCUUUACUGGCCAUGUUAUGUGUUGCUUCCCCAUUAUUUGGUAUACCUUGGAUUCUCAUGUUUAGUUGGAACACCACGAGUUGCAGUGGGUAUACGAAGAGGAUUACACGGAAUGCAAUCGUAAUGAUUGGUUAUAGUAUUUCAAACAUCAUCUCCCCUCAGAUUUGGAGAGCGAAAGAUGCUCCGCGUUAUAUUCCUGCAUGGAUAGUUCAAAUUGUUCUUUCUUUUUUCUUUGCACCAAUGCUUGCCUUAGUGGUUCGAUACAUAUUAAAGAAAAGAAAUGUUAGGAGAUUAACAGAUUUGAAGAGUAACAAUGGAUUAGUUGAGAUAGAUGGAGAAGCUGUAAAAGUCGACGUGGCCAUGCUCGAUCUAACAGACUUGGAAAAUAAAUCCUUUAUAUACCCUCUCUAG